AUGCGCACACUCGGCCCUUGCACGCGCCCGACACCCACGCGCCCAUUGUCCGCGCGAACGGUCAAGUUGCCCUGCAGCACCGUGCCGGACACGUCGCCGCUCUCCGACUCGAGGUCGAUGUACAUGCUCUUGAGCACGUUGACCGCGAUGUCAGCCGUGCCGCUCUGGAUCUUGACGUUUCCCUGGAACGCCCCGUCCACCUCGAUGCCGCCGCCUUCUACCUCGAUGUCCAGGUCGAACUUGCCCGGCAGCGCCACGUCCACGACGACGCGCGAAUCGAAGAUGGCGCGGUGCGCACGGAACGGGCCGCCGACCCACGCACGCAUCAUGUGCACGGUGCGCGCAAGCGCAGUCGGCACGCUCUCGGGCGGCGCUUCAACCAGCAGCACCGCGCGCCCUGGGUCGACGUCCACCGCCACAGAAAGGCGCAGAGCGCGCGACACGUGCGCCGCAGUCUCCUCGUCCACGAACGUUUCGUCCGUCUCGCCUAGCACGGACAGGUCGACGCGAGCGUGGUCCCACGCGGACACGUGCGGGUUCAGAGGGCUGAUGCGCACCACGCAGGUCGUCGGGAGACGCACUUUUAGCGUGCCGCCCGGGUCGACUGGAAGCGUCCACGACUUGGCGUGUAGCGAGCGGCGGAGGAGGGAGAAGACCGGUUGGCGACGCCACAUCGCGGUGUUCGGAUCGGGGCCGCGGGCGCGAUGCUGUUUGAUGAGUUUGGAGGCGAGCGCUCCGCAGCGGGCAAGACAACGCUUACGCUCAGUGGAUCAAGAAUAG